AACCCUUUAAAACACAGGCAGGCAGACAGACAGUGGCAAGUACAGAUUCCAAGGGCACCAGCUUUCCACCACAUUCAGUUGUAUUCAGUAAAUCCAGAUGUGUCACUUCCCUGAGGUGAAACCAGGUGUCCUGCUUAAAUCUUUGGAAAUAUUUGUGUUACGGGACUUUUAAAUGGAUCAACACUUCGAUCAGUGCAGUCAUUUAAAAUAAUCCAUGAGUCAGCCCCAUCAGCUUCUAACACAGGUGAUCUCAGCAUGUUUGAGCAGUAUAAGAAACAACAUUAAUGUGCUGUAACGUUAGGAGCCCCCAGGAUGAGAUGACACCAGUCAAGACUUCUGCAGGACUGCAGACUCAGACGCUCAUGGGUGUUCUUACAUCUUUGCUGACCUCGUGUGGAACAAUGCAGCAGUACUGAAACAUGGUGGGAGGAGCCUCGCAGGCCGUGUGUGUGUGUGUGUGUGUGUGUGUGUGUGUGUGUGUGUGUGUGUGUGUGUGUGUGUGUAUUUUGUACAGAGGGUGUGCACCCUCACCACUCCUCUCGUCUGUUCCUUGGACUGCUACUUCCUGGACACCAGAAACAGUCAGUAAGCUGCAGCCCAUGAUCGCAGUGUCUAUGAGAAAUCCUGUCGUGUUUCCAGUGAGGCAGCUGUUUCCAUCUUGCUGCUCAGCUUCUGGGUUUAGAGGACUGACAUCUGUGUCUGACAGGAGGCACUCCGGAUCUGGACGGGCUGCAGGACGGACAUUUCUGAGGCUUCCUGUCUUCUUCACAGAUUUUGAAAUGUGGCUCAUGGUUUUUUCUGUCCCGCUGCUUCCUGCCAUCGUGAUGGUAUCCAGCCGCUGUCGUGUCAGAGUUGCCGCGCUGUGCCAUCGAGCUCUGACCUGGGCACUGAGGCUGGUGCGAGGAACAGCGUGUGUGAGGAGCACUCACGCCUUCGUGUUCUCCAGAUGCACCCAUGGCAAAGCUGACAGCGUCCUGGAGACCUUUGACCUUUAUGCUGACACACACCCCUCCCUCCACAUCAGUCCACACACUGCUGAGGCAGUGGAUGAGGUGAUGAGGCGAGUGCGACCCUCCCGGGUGUUGGAGCUGGGGAUGCACUGCGGCUACACAUCAGUCCGCCUCCUGCGUCUGCUGCCCCCUGCUGGCACACUGGUCACAGUGGAGAUAGACCCGCACACAGCAGAGCUUGGGGAGGAGAUCAUAUUGGUUGCUGGCUUCAAACACUCCCAGUUCCAGGUGCUGACAUCUAGUUCAGCUGAGGCCAUCCCAUCAUUGUGUCCUGUUCUUGAGCCUGACCAAGGGACCAGUGAGGGGUUCAGUCUGGUGCUGAUGGACCAUGACCCCCAGCGGUACCUUCCAGACCUACUGGCUUUACAGAGAAAGAAGCUCCUCAACCCGUCUGGCUGCUCUGUCCUCCUGAUCUACAGGAACCGAAGAGCUGAAGGUCUCAGAGAAAUCCUGGACCACAUCAGAGCGAGACCUGACUACUACGCCAUCAAGUCAGAGCUUCAGUUUAUGACAGAGAUCUUCUACCAAAAGGAAGAGAGGCGAUGGUAAAAUCACGCGAUGUGACUGUGUGCUUUUAGUCUCUGUGGACUAUAUAAACAUAUAGUGUUAAAUACUUAAUAUUGUCUGUAUUUGGAGAGUAGAAAUAUUUUCUAAAAUGUUUGUCAUGUCAUGUUUUUUCAUGGCUGUGGCCUCUCUCAGCAGAGGACACAGAGACACACUGACCAGAUGCAGAGCACAUCUGUCACCACUUGAUGGCGCUCUCUGCUUUUUAAAGCACAGAAGUUAAGGCAUCUCACUGCUUCGACAGCACAAGCUUACAUGUCACUCCUGCAGCUCAGCGCAGCUCAAUAAAAACUUUUAGAUUUCUUUUCUUUUUCUGUGACAGAAAACUUAACCUUUGAAUCUCUGAUUGAAAUUCACAUCUGUGUCCUGAGUUAUUCAUGACAGCUACAUGAUCCACAGCCGUCCUGUUUUCAUGCUCACGCCCUCUUGUGCAUGUUGUGAUAUUUACUGUCAAAUGCCACUGUCAGUGUUCACAAUUGAAAAAUAAAGCAUUGUAUGAGAAACUGCUCCCAGUCAUCAACACUGUUGCCCUAACAGGUUGUUAACAUCUAAGAUUCAGUGUCCCAGCAGGCACCGCCUCAUG